AUGCUGCCGACGCUUACAUUCUUGAGGGAGCAUACUCGUAUCAACGUCACUGCUCAAAAAAUCGAAAUUGAGUACCACAACGUGGAGUUUCGUUUGGUGCACCCCAUCAAUCAGCGACGUUAUAACACACGCGUUCCACUGCGUUGGAAGCACACUCCAUUGCCUAAUGGAGCUGAUGGGCACGUCUGGAUUGAAAAUUUAAUUAUGCAGGUAAAAAACGCGGAUCGGACUAUUGGUUGGAUGGAUGCAAAGCAAAUCAAUUUCCACAUGGUAUUCAAUGCUCCCGAUGAAAAAGCCGACUUCAUUCUAAUGUUGCGAGGUCAUGGUUACACGGCAAGUAAU